AAUUCAACAAUCUCUCCUCAUCCACACUAUGCUUUUUCAGCUUUAAUUAAGCCGCUUUUCCUCACAAUCAAUUCUUUAAUUUUCACAUUUGUGUCUUGAAACCGCCCCUUCCCACAUUCUCUCUUUCUCUCACACACACUCUUGAAGCCUGGUAUCAUAAUUCUUUUUGUAUAACGCCACAACUUCUGAGAUAGCUAUACUUACACCCAAUAAAUUCAAGAACCAAUUUUUGUGGAGGGGUCUUCUUCUUGAAGCUGCUGUUCUUGAGCACCCAAGAUUUGUUUUUUUUUGGCUGUGGAGGUUUUGCUCUGACGAAUUAGGUCUUGAUGGAGAAAGAGAACGGCAUUUCGAAGCCGAAGAUGGAAGAUUAUGAAGCCAUUGAGCAGAUUGGGAAGGGUGCUUUUGGAGCUGCAUUUCUUGUGCUGCAUAAAACUGAGAAUCAGAAGUAUGUUCUGAAGAAAAUUCGUCUCUCUAAGCAGUCGGAGAAGGUCAAGAACAAAGCAUUUCAGGAGAUGGAAUUAAUUGCAAAUCUAAGCCAUCCAUACAUAGUUGAGUGCAAAGAUGCUUGGGUGGAAAAAGGGAAUAUCUGCAUCCUGACCAAUUAUUGUGAAUCAGGAAAUAUAUCUGAUGUAAUGAGGAAGGCAAGAAAGGCGUAUUUCCCGGAGGAGAAAAUUUGCAAAUGGAUGACUCAGUUGUUAUUAGCUAUCGACUAUCUUCAUUCCAAUCGUGUCCUUCACAGGAACCUCAAGUUAUCAAACAUAUUUUUGACAAAGGACAAUAACAUUUGUCUUGGUGAAUUUGGAUUAGCUAAACUUCUGAAUGUGGAAAGCGUAGCUUCAUCGGUCGCUGGAACGCCAAACUAUAUGUGUCCCGAGCUUCUUGCCAAUACACCGUAUGGGUAUAAAUCAGACAUAUGGUCUCUAGGUUGCUGUAUGUUUGAGAUUGCUGCACACCAACAAGCAUUCAAAGCACCUGAUAUGAAUGGACUCAUCAACAAGAUUAACAGAUCUUUGAUCUCACCAAUGCCCAUCAUAUACUCUUCAACUCUGAAACAAAUUAUAAAGAGUAUGCUGAGGACGAGCCCCGAACACAGGCCGACGGCUGCAGAGCUGUUAAGACACCCACAUUUGCAGCCAUUUCUCCUUCGCUGUCAGAACCUGCCUGCUGUUUUCCUCCCUGUGAAGUCUCCCUCUCCCGACGCUGCAAACGGGAGAUCAAAUAGGUCAUCACCCCGUAGCUCCGAGGGUCGGAAAAGCCACCGAGAAAGAGAGGUGAAGCUGAAACAGAGGGAUCUGCUUCCUUUGUUCACAGAGAGUAAUAAUACGCAACAUCCGACUUUACUAGAUGAUGAUGCCUUGAUCGAAGAUCUACUUGAGACCAAGAGGGUUGAUCCUACGAGCUACUCGGGAAAGAUGUCUCACGACAGUGAGGACUCGAAGAGCGGGGACAUGAGUGAGACGACCGAUCAUGACAAUCAUAAGUCUUCAUCGCAUCAAGAGAGCAUCUACAUGAUGGACGCUUUGGAAAGACUGGCAAACGCGUUGCGUGAGGAGCAAGAGGAAUAUGCUCUCAGAAAGAAUACGAAGUUAGGGGAAGCUAACGAAGAAAGAGGGAGUGCGAAAACGAAGGUGGGGAUAUCUUCCACUGAUGAAAAUGGCCCCUCAACCGAUGAAAAGGUAAGAUCUAAAGCUGACGAAGAACCAAGAAGCUCAUCCCAUGUAGAUAAAAGCAUAAGUGAGUGUUCUGUGUUGUCGUCCAAUAAGGAUCGCAUGGAGAUCAAAGAUGAUGUCGCAGUUGAAUCGAGGCAAACAGAGAAAGAUACAAAAGAUGGGCUGGCGUUGAAUAGCCAUGAAGAUAAAGUUGAUGAGGAUGCCAUGAAGAUCAGAGACGAUCUCUUGACUACCCCAAGAUCAACGAAGAAAUCCACGGGUGACAAUCUACUCCUGAUCACGCGGACUGCAGCGAGCAGCGAUGUUGGCGAAAGCAAGCAUGCAAAUCCAGGUGAACACAGAGCUCAUGCUUUAGAAUCACUCCUUGAACUGUGUGCACGUUUGCUCAAAGAGCGUAAGUUCGAUGAGCUCGCGGGCGUGCUAAAGGCCUUCGGGGAGGACGCCGUCUCUUCACGAGAGACAGCAAUCUGGCUCACGAAAAGCUUAAUGAAGGCUCAGAAUCAGGCUGAGAACUCCUAGUUCAAGAAUUUGGACAUGAUUUAUUAGUGUUCAAUUUGUAGUGAUUUAUUUAUUGUAAAGGUCAAGUUUGUGCUUUUUUGUGGGGUGCGUGUAUAAUUUGUUAGCUAAAAGCUAGUGUGAUUGAGUGUUGAGGUGGAAUCUGUAGAGGAAACUAAAGUUAGUUUGAUUUUGCCUUUUCUCCCUUUAUUCAAGUCAUAAAUGGUGUUUAGUGUAUUGAAAUAAGAAACCAUCAAAAUAUUGUAAUUUUUUACUUUUUAAUUCAAGCUUGAGGAUGAUGACAA